CGGGUGAGGAAUUAAAGCGGGAGACCCAGAGAGAGGACUCACCACAUGGCGGCGGCGGCGAACGGCGUGGGCUCGGCGAAGCCGGAGAUCUGCGCGGGGCUGGGCAUGCCCAUGGCGGAGCUGGAGCAGGUCUUCCGCCGCUACGACGCCAACGGCGACGGCAAGAUCUCCGCCGACGAGCUCGCCUCCGUGCUCUGCGCGCUCGGCGCGCCCCCGGGCCCCGGGGAGGUGCAGAGCAUGAUGGACGAGAUGGACGCCGACAGGGACGGCUUCGUCGACCUCCGCGAGUUCGCCGCCUUCCACUGCCAGGCCGGCGGCGGCGCCACCGGCGGCGCCGACGCCAAGAAGGAGCAGGAGGCCGCGUCCGAGGCCGAGCUCAAGGAGGCCUUCCGGAUGUACGACGCCGACCACAACGGCCUCAUCUCCGCCAGGGAGCUCCACCGCGUCCUGCGCCAGCUCGGGGACAAGUGCUCCGUCGCCGACUGCUCCCGCAUGAUCCGCUCCGUCGAUGCAGAUGGUGACGGGUGCGUCAACUUCGAGGAGUUCAAGAAGAUGAUGGGCGGCGGCAGCUAGGGCGGUAAGGCCUGCCCAUAACCCGUGACCAAACAAUGCCGCGCGCAUGCCUCGUCGUCCGAGCUUUACCUCCUGCAUGCUUGCUGCUUAGUUUAAUUUCUAAUCAAACCUUAUUGAUCUAUCUGUGUGCGCCAAACGCUUCUGUUUGUUGUGAGCGAGGCGAACUCGAUCGAAACCUCUCCAUCAAGUGAUUACUUACUAUGUAAAGCUGAUCUGCUAGUAUUGAUUGGGUAGUAGUAUUUGCAGCUAUAUGCAACUUAAUUGACUGAUGAAAUUUCGUUAGGGAUCAUUGCUUAACUUGCAAUGUAAUAGUGCCCGUUUGGAACUAGUUAAUUAUGUUCUUGA